UAUUGUCAACAAAUUUUUUUCAAAAGAAAAAAUAAAAAAAAUCAAAGAAAAGAUAUUACGGAGUACUAGUAGAGACUAGAGAGUUAGGAUUGAAAAGAUAAGUGUUGGAAGUUUAAAAGGUAAAUAAUUUUCAAACGGUAAAAAUUCAACGCACCUAUACUAUACACGUUGAUUCCCAAAGAUUGAGUCAAAUUAGUCAAUAACAAUAUUAAUUACCCCCACAUUAUUAUUAACUUCUCCCACGUCCCUUAAUAUCCUCUCCUUUUAUUCUAACCGUUUCAAUCCCUUUAACCCUCUUAUAUAUAUAUAUAACCUUUACUAGCCGACUUUUUCUAUUCAUUUUCAUAUUAAUAUUUUCAUUCUUAUUCCUCAAAAAAAAAAAAAAAAAAAUUGAUAUUUAGAGAGAAAUAUUACUAUUAUUAUUGUGUUAUUAAGAUGAAGGUUAAUAUGAGAUUUAUUUCACUAAUCAUGAUUAGUGUGAUAAUUGGGAUGCAAUUAGGUGUUGUGGACUGUUUUAAGAGUUUUGAUGUUGGUGGUAAUUUUACUUGGCGUGUUCCUGAUGGAAAUGAUACUGAAUUCUUUGAUCAUUGGGCUGAAUCCCAACGAUUCCAUAUUGGAGAUUCUCUACAUUUUCAGUACAAGAAUGAUUCAGUUCUAAUGGUGGACAAAUAUGGCUGCUACCACUGUAACAAAAGCAACGCCACUGCUACGUACACCGAUGGCAACACCGUAAUUAAGUUGGAACGUCCGGGAUACAUCUACUUCAUCAGUGGGAAUGAAGAUCAUUGCCGAAAGGGACAACGAUUGAUCGUCGAUGUCAUAUCUCCACAUUCACCUCCAGUGGCGCCUCCACCUGGUUCGCAUGGUCAGCCACCCGAGUCACCUGCACCAGCCGCCGAGUCUCCUGCACCAACAGCUGAGUCUCCUGCACCAACGGCCAAGCCUAGCUCGGGUUCUCAACUUCAAGUUUCGGCUCUUGUAGGGCUAGUUGCUACUUCUUUGUUCUUUGUUUGAUAAUAUUGCACCAUGAGGAAAUUAUAUGUAGGGCGAUUGGAACCAUUUUUAAAUUGUAUGUUAUUUAAAGAAGCAUUGCUAGUAUUCUAGUAUAUUGCUAUUGUGUAGGUAAUUAUGGACAUAUGAUUUUUCUCCGUCUGUUUUAGGGUUUAUAUUGUUGAUUAAUCAAACACAUUCAAAUGUUUUAUUGUUAGUUUUG